AUGAGUAGAGGAGCAGGAUUUGAUAAGCACAUCACAAUUUUCUCGCCAGACGGCAGGCUUUAUCAAGUUGAAUACGCUUUUAAAGCUGCAAAAUCAGCUGGCCUUACAAGUAUCGCAGUUCGUGGUAAUGACUGUGUCGUUCUAUGCAUAGAAAAGAAAGUCCCUGACCGAAUGAUUGUCCCAGAGAGCGUAACCCAUUUAUUUACAGUUGCUGAGAAUAUUGGAGCUUGUAUGACAGGUUUGCUUCCUGAUGCAAGAGCUUUAGUGACAAGAAUGAGAAAUGAGGCAAGUGAAUAUAGAUUUAAGAAUGGAAUUCCAUGCCCAGUCAACAUUUUAGCCAACAGAACAGGAGAUCUCGCUCAAGUUUAUACGCAGCAAGCCUUUAUGAGACCUUACGGAGUUAUCACGAUGCUUGCAGGCAUUGAUGACGAGCUCGGGCCUCAGCUUUAUAAAAUCGACCCUGCAGGGAUGUUCCAAGGCUUUAAAGCUUGUGCAGCUGGAGUCAAAGAACAAGAAGCUACCAAUUAUUUGGAAAAACAGUGGAAAAAGGUGAAUGGGGAUUUAAAUAGAGAACAAGCUAUAGAAAUGGCAAUUGAGUGCUUACAGAAUGUAAUGGCCCAGGAAUAUAAGUCUAAUGAUAUUGAAGUAGGAAUUGUGACAACUGAUCACCAUGCUCUUAGAUUGUUAAGUCAACAGGAAAUUGAAGAAAGGUUAAAUGCGAUUGCUGCUAAGGACUAA